CAUAGGUAACAUCAGGGACCUCUUGGCUGUUGGGUUCUCACCAAAGCGAAGCAGCGGUGAGAGCCCAACCUCCAAGAGGAUAGGGUAGGGUCAGAGAUGUCAGGGCGACGGAUUUAACCGAAGCGUAGCACAUCCUUUUACUCUUGUUUAAACUUUACCCUUGCCUCAUUUCUAAAGAUUGUCAGAUUCUUUGAGAACUGGAGGAAGCUACCUUUAUUCAACUAGUAAUCUGGCUCACUACACUACAACCAAUAUCGCAACACUGGACAAUGGCAACAAAUGACGGUUAAUUCUUUUUACUUGCCCCGCGUCAAUCGGCCAGGGACUGAUCUGAUGAGCAAGCAUAUUUUACUAAACACUGAUGUCAUGAACUUUAUUGUCAAAGGAAUAAUUGGACUAAAUGCAGUAGACGAAUACUUUCCUCAGCCAACUGAAUGAGCAAAUGCAACAAAAUCAGAUGUUUUAUACGCUUCAGAUAAUACGAACUCCUUUCCACCCAUUUGAUUGAAGUACAGUACAACGCGAAUGAUAAUUUUUUGCAUCGGCUUGUGCAAUAUUGUGAGGAAGUGAACAAACAAUAUUCUACCGAACCAGUGGUCCUUGUUUUUGUAAUCAACAAAAUUAGGGAUAGCGUAAUGAGUAAAACCACAAAGGACCGCAAACAAAAAUUCUUACUCAAACUGCCAAGUUAUCCAUGAGCUAAAAAAUGUUUAUUCCUCAAUGAUCAUUUCACUCACAAUCAUUUGAAUACCAAACCCUUACAUCCACUGGUUGCUCUAGGUGCACUUUUAACUGCUCAAAAAGUAUCCAUUCUUGAUCACGAACAAAGAGACGAUCCAAUUAUCCAGCAGUUGUAUGGCAUAUCCAAACACGUUUUUGAACAUGUGGCUACCCGUGAAGAAACGACAGUUGAUGAUCUUUUGGGAUUGUGUGAUAAUACUCAAUCGAAAUUCCAAAAAGGCAAAGAAAUGCUUGAAGAUUUACCAAACAACAACUUGAAAAAGCGUGCUAUUGACUGCCUGAAUGAUGGUUUAAAUAUUAUAAAACCAUAUAAGGUCAAAUAUAUUGUUGUGGCCAAGGGUAAAGCGGCGCCUAGACUUGUAUAAUCACAAAAUCUCUAACAAUGUUAUUGUUUGUAUCUACCCUAUUGCUUGCAUCUGAAUCCUCGUUUCAACCCUUUCCCCUUGUUUCCAUUACGUUUCUGUUGACGAUACGUGUUUGAAUGUGUUCUCUCUAUCUUAGCCAAAGAGUAUAAAUACUCGUUGUUUCUUCUAUCAAUAAAAAGCAUCUUUCUCAAGCUC